GUGGAUCAUGCGUCCUUCCAUUCCCUUUCAUCUUUAGACUAUCGACUCAACGAGGUCUCUGUAUAUCGAUACACAGGGUUUCGACAAGCUGGUCGUGGUGCUCUACCGAUAGCUGAUCGGCGGACCUACAGACGCACUGCACCACACUCUAGAAGUCUCCUAGCCCAACUGACACCACUUGAACCGGAGACGCGCCACUUUGAGACACAUCCACUAGAAUCUGGGUCUCGCACCGGGGAGCUCGAGUGUCACUCUCACCAACCCAAAUCCAGCUUGUCGCCUGUCCAUCUUUUGCCGAACACAGGCACUUCGACUUUACCAUCAUCCAACGGUGGAUAUCCGCAUCACACGACUAUACAUUCUAGCAGCACAUCAUGGGUAAAGCUCAAUCCAAGCUGACGUCGGAGGAGCUUUCAGAACUUCAGAAGAACACUUACUUUGACAAGAAGGAGCUGCAGCAAUGGUACAAAGGUUUCAUCAAGGACUGUCCAGGAGGUCAGCUCAACAAGGAGGAGUUCCAGAAGAUCUAUCGCCAAUUCUUCCCAUUCGGUGAUCCAUCUCAGUUCGCAGAUUACGUCUUCAACGUUUUCGAUGAGGACAAGUCCGGCACAAUCGAAUUCAAAGAGUUCAUUUGCGCUCUGUCCGUUACAUCCAGAGGCCGACUAGAUGAAAAACUGAAAUGGGCAUUCCAACUAUACGACAUCAAUAACGAUGGCGAGAUCACAUAUGAUGAGAUGUUGCAGAUUGUUAGAUCUAUAUACAAGAUGACCGGGCAAAUGGUCAGAUUGCCAGAGGAUGAAGACACGCCAGAAAAGCGUGUCGACAAGAUCUUCCGGACCAUGGAUUUGGACAAGAAUGCGAGGUUAUCAUAUGAAGAGUUUAAAGAGGGGUCGAAACAAGAUCCGACCAUUGUCCAGGCUCUCUCUCUGUAUGAUGGACUUGUGUAGAAUGUCAGAUGCGCUGUCCUGACUUGGGGAAUACAAAACAUAGACAGUAUGAGUGAAUCUGACCCAGUUAUCGGAUCUCGGAAUAGUGAGAUACAAGAAUACCUGUAUCAGUAGUAUCAAGGAAUGCUAUCGACCAUUUACCUUUCACAGCUGUAGAUGAUGUCGAUCUGACUCCCGUGGGCGUUGAGAUUCACAUAUCAUGUGGUCUAAUAGUACGGCAAGACCCCGUCGAAAUCCUGAUUCAAGAAAGCUGAGAAAUCCGAACAUGGCCU